AUGAACAAUAUAUCAAGUGGUCAUAGUUUCCAUCAAUCGUCUAGCACAGAUAAUAAAUUCGAAUAUGAAUCCUCUAGUAAAAUGAAACAGAGGAAUGAACUCGACAGCAGCACAGCAGAUACUAUAGGCACAUUUACUAAAACAUUAGAUGAUAUCAAUUCAUUCGAAGAAGAAAGUGACACUGAAUACGCUUACACUACUAUUCUCGAGCAAUCUUCGAAAUGGGAAAGGUUCUAUUACGAAUAUAUCGUUGCGGAUAAAUCCACUAUUGGGAUACCCUUUCUGCACUCGUUCAUGUAUAAUCAUGAUUUAAGACCAGUAGAAAAAGCAAGAAGGGUAUGGUCUUGGUAUAAUUACUUAUGGUUUUGGCUAGCAGAAUGUUUCAAUAUCAACACUUGGGAAGUUGCAGACACAGGUUUACAAUUGGGUUUGAAUUGGUGGCAAUGUUGGAUUACCGUUUGGUUAGGUUACUCAUUUGUUGCCAUCUUUGUUUCUUUAUCGUCAAGAAUUGGUGCUGCUUAUCACUUAUCAUUCCCAGUAUCCGCAAGAGCUUCAUUUGGUGUGUAUUUCUCUUUAUGGCCUAUCAUUAAUCGUGUUGUUUUGGCGAUUAUUUGGUAUUCGGUCCAAGCUUGGAUUUGUGUGACACCAAUAUCACUAAUGUUACAAUCGAUAUUUGGCACUGAUUUACCAACUAGAAUCCCUGAUAAUAUCAAUCAAAAGAAUACAACAACAUAUGAGUUCAUGUGUUUCUUCAUUUUCUGGGUAGUAAGUUUUCCAUUUUUAUUAGUUCCACCACAUAAAAUUAGACAUUUAUUCACAGUUAAAGCAUGUCUGGUUCCUUUUGCUUGCUUCGGUUUUCUAAUUUGGGCUGUUAGAAAAGCUGAUGGUAAAAUUGCAUUAGAUCACCUAACAGACUAUAAACCAACAGGUUCUGAUUUUUCAUGGGCUUUCAUUAGAUCAAUGAUGACAUGUAUGAAUAACUUCUCUACUCUUACUGUCAAUGCUCCUGAUUUUUCAAGGUUCUCAAAAACCAAAAUAUCAUCCUUAUAUUCACAGAUGUUUGCCAUUCCAUUUUUAUUUUCUAUCACUAGUUUGAUUGGUAUCUUAGUUACUGCUGCUGGUUAUGAGUUAUAUGGUGAAAAUUAUUGGUCUCCAGUUGAUGUUUUACAAAAGUUUUUAGAUGAUUCUUUCUCAAAAGGAACCAGAGCAGGUGUGUUCUUGAUAUCUUUUGUCUUUGUUAUUGCCCAAUUAGGUACAAAUAUAUCUGCCAAUUCGUUAUCAUGCGGUACUGAUAUGUCUGCGUUAGUUCCAAAAUUCAUUAACAUUAGACGUGGUUCCAUGUUUUGUGCAUUUAUGGCUUUAUGCAUAUGUCCAUGGAAUUUAUUAGCAUCAUCAAGUAAAUUUACUGCUGCAUUGAGUGCAUACGCAAUUUUCUUAUCUUCCAUUGCUGGUGUUCUAGCUGCUGAUUAUUUUGUCGUCAGAAGAGGUUAUAUUAAACUGUCACAUCUUUAUUCAAACCAACCAGGUUCAUAUUAUAUGUUUGGUAAUAGGUAUGGUUUUAAUUGGAGAGCUUGCGUUGCAUAUUUCUGUGGUGUCGCACCUAAUUUACCAGGUUUUAUCGGUGAUGUUGGUGCUCCUCAAAUCACUGUUUCUGAAGGUGCAACUAAAUUAUAUUACUUAAGUUACUGGAUUGGUUGGUUUGUUAGUUUCUUAGUAUACAUCACUUUAUGUUAUUUCUUCCCAGUUGAAGGUUCUCCAGUUGAAAAUAUUUUGAAAGACAAAGGCUGGUUCCAAAGAUGGGCUGACGUAGAAGAUUUCGAAAAGGCCUGGAUAAGAAACUCUCGUAAAGUGGAUUUAUAUGACGAUGUAUCCACAAUCUAUGACCACGAAGAAGAAGAAAAAUUCUUUUAG